AUGACGGGAAUGAGCCGUGAGCUUAUGCAGCUUCAAUGUCCAGAUCGCGAGGCUGUGUUGAUGGCAAGUGAUCCUGCGAGCCCCGAAUAUCAAUACAACCCUGAGGCAGAUGCGCCAAGUAGCGAGAUAUCGCCCUCAGACGACGAGAUAGAGGAUCCCGAAUCAUCUCCAUCUGAGGUUCCUCCGAUGGAGUCGAUGGAGGUAGACGAGGAGUCGGUUGAAGGUCAUGUAUCACCCAGGACUAUCGAGAGUGCCUCGUCUUUUGCGGAGACACUCAUUCGAGGAUGGAAAGAUCUCGAUAGUCUCAUGGCUGGACUCAGUCAACCUAUCAACCAUUCCGGCGAUGAGGCUCCGCCACCUGAGGCGAACGAAGGUGCCAAUAAUAGUGACAAAAUACCCUCGAACCCAUUCGAUGGCUCCAGCUCGGGCAUUAUCGAUUUCAGAUCGCUGAUGAACCACCUGGAUGGCGACAUGAACGGUGACUGGAGUGAGAAUGAGAACAGUGGUACACUUCCUCUGGCACAGGCGAUGACGGGAAGUUACGUGCCAACAGACCAAGAACUGCUUGUUUUGAAGGGCACGACGCCUUACGAGAUGUGGACAGGACUGGUGUAG